CGUCGUGCCUGCCAAGUCAGCCUUUAUCCAACGGACCGGCGUCACCUGCUCUGCUCUUAAACUCCCCUCUGAUGCCAACCACGCCCUCUGUGUAACCUAUUGACGCCUCUCUGAAGCCUAACAAAAACAUUGCCUAUCCAAGUUACACAAACAUCAUGGAACAAGCACGACAUGCUUUGAUCGACCCUCUGAUCGAGCCAGAUCCGAGUGACGAGACGGGAUUGAACACCCGCUUCCGCUCGACAUUUGCGCCUCAAGAACCUAUAACACCUCCCGGAUCCACCGGCAUUGCUAAAGGCUCGUCCUCUGUCAACGUUCAGCCACAGCACACUGGAAGCUCGGUAGAAACCAAUCCCUACCGUCGAUCAAGGGUUUCUACAGAUUCCAAGAGUCCGUCUGCAUCUGUGACACCGCAUGGACAAACUACACCAAAGAGCAGGAGGUCUGAUUAUCCCUCUCCUCCAAACUCUGCCAGCCCCCGCCGUGCACAUUUCUCCGACAACCACCGUGCGGAGACACUUGGAUUCCUGAAUGAAGGCCGUCCGCGACGAUCGAGCAAUCCGGCACCAUCCUCGUCCAGGAAUGGUAGGCCUGCACGCAGCGGCUCGCUCUCGGAGCGCUACCCCGGUGACAAGUCUCACAGACCACUUGAUAUUCUCCGCAAGGAUGAGAAAGUUGCUCACCGUGCGCCUCAUCUUAGAAAGAAGAACUUCCAAGGCGCCGACAUCAUCGACCGACUGGAUAAAUCAGGCGUUUCCCAAUACCACCAUGAAGGCCCGUAUGAUGCCGCCAACAUUGCCCGCAACAAGCAUGUCAAAUAUGCCCCCAUUGCGGCAGUCAAGGAAUCAAACCUAGAGGCGCUGAGAGCCACGCCCCGAGAGAACAUAGUCGACGCUGUGACAAGGCAUCGUCCUCUCGAAGGUGUUGCCAUUAUCCCACCUGGCAUGCCGGAUAGGUUCGGUAGAGUGUUGAACUAUCAAGAGGGAGCCGACCUUCAGCGGGAGCCAGGUGGUGACUAUCGACGAUGGGCGGGUGUAGAUUACCAUCCAGAUGACCUCAAAGGCAAAGGCGAACCCUCAUACACCAUCGAGAAGGCCCUCAAGGAUCAUAAAACGCUUGGCGACAACGGUACCGAAAUGACCUCACGUCACAAGCACAGCAAGAGCGUAGGCUACACCGAGGCACCAGGCAAUAUGCCGUCUGAAACCCUUGAUGCCGAAGCAUCUGGUAUUGGACGAAGCAAGAGCAUGGGCGGCACACUGAAGAAGCGCUUUGGCAGCAUUCGUCGACGCAAGCAGGAUGUUGAAGCUUAGAAGGUACAACAUUCUAUGCGAUCACGGAGAGUUUUAAAAUUGUAUUAUAACGCCCACGCAGCAUAGCUAGCGAUUUUUCCUAUGUCAGCCGUUUUGACGAGGUCCAUGCACAAUGCACGAUAUUGAUAUAGGACAUAGAUUAUACUAAGAUGAUUCUGGAUAGAGAAAAGCCAAGUCGGAUUUGGUGUCGUUCUCUUCUUGUGAAAAUAUAUAUUGGAUAUAGCUAUCAAAGCCAACAAAAUCGUGUGUCGUAUGAGCGAAAAUGUCCUGGCAGGCAGAACGCGCGGCUUCUUCUACAAGCCGUUCCUUCGAUGCAUACAGCCCCGCGAUCCUUAUCGCCUUGCAAAAUGCCGAUCAAAAUUGGGUAUAGCCUUGAUCGGGCCCCAU